GCGAAUGGUUGCGCAAUUGCGCGAGAGAAGAAGAAGAGAAAGGGAGAGCGCAUAAACCAUGUGUGAGAGAGAGAGAGAGAGAGAGAGAGUUGCGGAGCGACGCGACAAACAGAGAUAAUCGACACCACAAGCGAGGCGCAAGUUGACCCGUAUUCUCCUCUCCGAGCACGCUCGUCCCGCUCGCGGCUCCUUCAAGGGUGGCAAGAAAAAGCAUUAUGCUGGUGAAUCGUCGUUACUGGGCGCGAAUCGUUAAUUGUCCCACGUAUCCCUCCGUAUUCGCGUAAUCGUUCAUUAUUAAGCGCGCCGUCGUCGUUUUUCGCCCGCGCCUCCGCAUCCUCGUGAGCCAAAACGUGAUAGUAUGAUGGUCUGAUCGCAGUUCCAAUAUGACUGUGGACUUUGUCGACUACUUCUGGGGCGAAAAGAAUAAUGGAUUCGACGUAUUAUAUCAUAAUAUGAAGCAUGGUGUAAUCGCCAGCAAGGAAUUGGCCGAAUUUUUGCGCGAGAGAUCAGCUAUAGAGGAGAACAAUUACAAGCUCCUUAGUAAAGUAGCGAAACAGGCGAGCAACAGCACGCAAGGAACGUUUGCACCUGUAUGGGCCGCCCUGAGAGGUGCCGCUGAGAAACUAGCCGUUUUGCACUUGCAGAUGGCCCAGCGAGUGACCGAACUGAUAAAAGAUGUGUCGAAAUACGCGGACGAACUGCACAAGAAGCAUAAGGCUGUGAAAGAAGAAGAAUCCUCUACUUUAGAAGUUGUACAGAGUAUUCAGAGUAUUACGGUGACGUUGCAUAAAGCGAAAGACAUGUGUUUACAAAAGGGUCUUGAAUUGGAAAAAUUGAAAAAGGAUAAUGCCAGUCAGAGAGAGCUGGAAAAGACGGAAAUUAAGUUCAAAAAGGCGCAGGACGAUUAUAAGGCACUAGUGGACAAGUAUACCAUCAUACGAAAUGACUUUGAGACGAAAAUGACUCAAGCUUGCAGGCGAUUUCAAGAUGUCGAGGAGACGCAUUUGAAGCACAUGAAGGAAUUUUUAAAUAUAUACGCCGACGUUUUGCAAUCUAAUCACGAGCAAGUCGGGCAGGUGCAUAUUGAUUUCAAACGGCAAUGCGUCGACAUGACGGUGGAGAAAUUACUAGAGCAAUUUGUUCAGGGCAAAUAUACGGGUUUCGAGAAGCCAGGUGUGAUCGAAUAUGAAGAAGUCAUGACGAGUUUAGCCGAAAUGACCAGCCACUCUCAGUCCGAAGGCAGCGUAGAGAUACCUAAGGAAACGUCGAAGGGCACCAACGGCGAGACAGGCGUAGCCGGUAACAGUCAUAGUUCAAAGAGAGAUCAGGGAUUAAAGAGGGUGGGUGGUACUUUGAGGGUACUGGAUGGGGAAGGCGGGAGGGUAGUACUAGAAAAGGAUAGAGAAAAAGAAAGACAGAAGGAAAAGGAUAGAGAACUGUCACAUGUACAAGCCACCAAGGCUUCCCGCCGUACUACCUCGCUACUCAACCUGUUCAUGUCCAACUCCCAGGAAAAACAGAGGCAAGCAGGGUCGUCUGGUUCGGCACCUGCCACCCCUCAAGGGAACAACCUGCCUCCUGCUGUUCCAUCUCCCAGCAUCUCCAGGAACCCUCUCAGAGGAUCUAAAUGGUUUCUGCGGAGUAGGAGAGAAAAACGAAAGGAAAAGAAGGCAAAGAAGAAGAAGGAUCUCAUAGAAACGAGCAGCAAUAAAGAAGAAAAGUCUGACCUGUCAGUAUAUGCAUGCACAGCAGACCUAGUGCACAUAGAGUCGGUUUCACAACCAGCAUAAAGCACUCUUUAAUAUACACUGGUAACAAAAAAAGCGGUACAAAAAAAUAUUUUUGCCUCGAUAUUAUAAUUAUCAACAUUUAAAGUUUUGUAAUUUUUUUCUAUUUUUUAUCAUCACUUUUUACCACUUUUUUGACCAAGUGUAUCAUCCGGAGUGUUCAAUUUUAUUUUUUUUUUGUCAAAAAUAAAAUGG